AUGAAACGAAAGAGAAAUUUUUUAACAGAAUCUGAGAAUGAACACCCUAUUUAUUAUGUUUUUAACUAUAUUUUUGAUCCACACACCUUUCAAAGAUGCUCGCUAGUCUGUAAAACCUGGAAAGAAGUUCUUGACGAGCAUCCUUUCUGGCGAAAGGUUGUGGAAGAUUGCGGUCUUAGAAUCCCAAAAAGACAUAAAGGCUACAAGUCAAUAUUCGUUAAAAACUACAUGAAGAUAUGCCCAUGUUAUAAAGGAUUGUUGAAAGAGCAUGAUUUUGUUUAUGUUGUAAACUUCAAAUUGCGCAUUUUGAGAGAGUAUUGUCUGUACAAAUUACGCUACAAAGUCUACAGAGACAACUAUGUUUAUCGUAAUCUUGUGAAUUUUGUAUUGGAAAAAAUCUUAAAUUUAAUCAAAAAAAGUGACAUGUCAACCCAUUGUACCUAUCUUUUAGAUUACGUUAGGGAUUUAAUUGAUCAAAUCGAUAAAAAACGCGGUAAAAUUGAGAAGUAUAAAAAAAUUUAUACCUUUGUCAAGAUUGAUUUUAUUAAGGUUAUUAAGCGUAAUUUGUAUUAUAUUAUCGAUGAAAAACCGUUAUAUAUUGAGAAGUUUGGGGGGUAUGUUAGGGAUUGGAAUUAUACAAUUGAUAAUUAUGCAGGGUAUAAAGAUUUGUAA